UGGGUGGCAUUACCAGGUGUAUGGCAACUCUUGGUGGCCGGCUUUCGCCGCGUGGAUCAAAACGACUUUAGCGUUUAGGCGCGCCAAACGCCGCGGUCAAAUGAUUGCAUAUCUUCUAGAUACCUGAGAGUAAAUUCCUACCUAGCAAUCCUUACGCCCAAUCAUCAGUAUAUCACUACACGUCAAAAAUCACCAGGCCAUCACGCGACGAAGAAGCAUCCCCAGACACGGAAAUGGCACCCAGCGUUGUUGAAGACGCGGUUCAAACCAACUCGUCGCCCAAGCCUACCUCUGGCCUCUUGACAACAAGCCAAGCAUCGCAAUGGACGCCCGACACUGUCCUCUCAACCCUUGCCCCUCUCGAGAAGCACUCGUCUUCACCCGUCCCUUUCUUCCACCUUCUUGAACGUCUGAAGACUACCAAGCGCGAGGGCUGGCGCAGAUUCGGUAUCAACCACGGCGAAUCUAUCUCCGACCACAUGUACCGCAUGUCCAUCAUCACCAUGCUCUGCCCGCCUUCUCUCUCCUCUCGCCUGGAUGUGCCCCGUUGCACCAGAAUGGCUCUCAUUCACGACAUGGCCGAAGCCCUUGUUGGCGACAUCACCCCUGUUGACGGCGUUCCGAAGUCGGAGAAGAACAGAAGAGAGGCAGACACUAUGGACUACAUAUGCUCCGAUUUGCUUGGCAAGGUCGGCGGUGGUUUGUCGGGCCAGGAGAUGCGUGCAGUGUGGCAGGAAUAUGAGGACAGUCAAACACUCGAAAGCAAAUUCGUUCAUGACGUGGACAAGAUUGAGCUCCUGCUCCAGAUGAUGGAGUACGAGCGUUCUCAUGAGGGCCGCAUCGACCUUGGCGAGUUCUCAUGGGUCGCUCAGAAGAUUGAAUUGCCCGAGGUCAAGGCAUGGUGCAAUGACUUGCUGCGUGAAAGAGAGGCUUUCUGGGCCGGACUGAAGAAGACGCCAACCGGAAGCACUCUCAACGACGAGCAAGAGAAGCAGCAUGCUGAGUAUUACAGCAAGAAUGCUUGAAGCCUGAGAAUCGUUAAGUAAGCGUAUGGUUUGACUUUUAUACACAGCAGCAUCCAGCGGGUCCAAGGCGCAUAGGCGGGCAGGCAGGUUUACACGGGUUCAGGCGUCGGGAAUGCAUAGGCAUGGCUUUUAUACAAUUCAUCCGGCGACGGUACGUACGCAUCAGUUCAUCAGCAUUGAACUAGAAAGUCACUGUUUCAGAAGGAUGCAUAGCUCUCUCCACGUGAUCGCCUACGCCUGCCAUUAGGAUCUACAAGACUCAAGGCGGCUUGCUUGGCGAUGCUGUCGAGCGGGCAGGCGCGUGAUGGGGGCGCACAUCACGUCGUGUCCCGUCAACUUGUCUUCAUUGUCAAGUGUGUCCUCGAUUUUUCCAUCCAAGUCUGCACCCGCUGUCAACAACAAU